CUAGAACAAUUUUUGGGUGGAGCUUGCACUGAAUUGCCCCUCCCUGUUUCACACAACAAUAUUGUCUAACGGUGUGUAUGUCUUCCAGGAUCAUUCAAACAGAGGAAACGGAAGUCCAUCAUGGUCACUGUGAUGUUGCUCAUUGUGUCUGUGCUCAUCCUUGUCUUUGGACUGGCAGCCACCACCAGGACACAGAACAUCACCGUCGGUGGCUACUACCCUGGAGCCAUUGUAAGUAGCAGUCUAACAUCUUACUGUCUUAGAGACAUGUCAUACCUCAAUGAAAAGAGGGUAACACUACGAAUGCAUUAUGAUGCAGUUAUAAUGCAUCGCAAGACUUGUCAUGAGUAUAUGACCCUCUUGUAAUGUCUUAUAAUCAUCUCGAUCCUGACUAAAUACCAGCCAUUUUGAGUCAGUUGAAAUGUUGAUACACAGAGAGACAUAACGUAUUAUAAGCUUGAUUCUUAUAAUACAUUAUAAAUAUUCAUACAUGCAUGUAUAAUUACAAUAUUAUUAUAAUAAUAAUAAUAAUUAUUAUAACAAGUUAUAAAUGAGACAUUUCCUCACAGUGUCAGGUGUCAGUGUGCAGCGUUAGGACGGAGUCAGGCGCAGGACACAGUACUGAGUAAUAGACGAACUUUACUUGAAAAACAACAAAUCUAAUUUCCACGCAGGGAAAUAACAUCAGCUCACAGCAGUAUAAACACCAAACAAAGAACAAUCACGCACAACACCAUGAGGGAACCAGAGGGUUAAAUAGGGAAACAAAUUAACGUAAUGGGAACCAGGUGUGUACAAUACAGACAAAACAAAUGGAAAACAGAAACGUAGAUCGGUGACAGCUAGAAAGCCGGUGAAGCCGUAGCCGCCCGCACAAGGAGAGGCACCAACUUCGGCGGAAGUCGUGACAGUACCCCCCCCUUGACACGCGACUCCAGCAGCGCACCGACCUCGGGGACGACCCGGAGGACGAGGCACAGGACGAUCCGGGUGGAGACGGUGAAAUUCCUGCAGUAAGGAAGGGUCCAGGAUGUCCUCCACCGGCACCCAGCAUCUCUCCUCCGGACCGUACCCCUCCCACUCCACGAGGUACUGAAGGACCCUCGCCCGACGCCUUGAGUCCAUGAUGGCUCGCACAGUAUACGCCGGGGCCCCCUCGAUGUCCAGCGGGGGCGGAGGAACCUCCCGUACCUCAGACUGCUGGAGCGGACCAGCCACCACCGGCCUGAUGAGUGACACAUGGAACGAGGGGUUAAUACGGUAAUCAGGGGGGAGCUGUAACCUAUAACAUACCUUGUUCAGUCUCCUCAGGACUUUAAAUGGCCCCACAAACCGCGGACCCAGCUUCCGGCAGGGCAGGCGAAGGGGCAGGUUUCGGGUCGAGAGCCAGACCCGCCUCACUGCGGUGGCGGUCGGCGCUCGCCUUCUGUCGCCUGAUGGCCCAUUGCAGGCGCACAUGGGCAGCGUCCCAGGUCUCCUCUGAGCGCCAAAACCAUUCAUCCACCGCAGGUGCCUCGAUCUGGCUCUGAUGCCAUGGUGCCAGAACCGGCUGAUAACCUAAUACACACUGAAAUAGUGACAUGUUAGUGGAGCAGUGGCGGAGGAAGUUUUGGGCCAUCUCUGCCCAGGGGAUUAAAGCCGCCCACUCCCCCGGCCGGUCCUGGCAAUAGGAACGCAGAAAUCUACCCACAUCCUGGUUAACUCUCUCCACCUGCCCAUUACUCUCGGGGUGAAAACCUGAGGUCAGGCUGACCGAGACCCCCAGACGUUCCAUGAACGCCCUCCAGACCAUCGAUAUGAAUUGGGGACCCCGAUCAGACACUAUAUCCUCAGGCAACCUGUAGUGCCGGAAGACGUGGGUAAACAGAGCCUCCGCAGUCUGUAGGGCCAUAGGGAGACCGGGCAAAGGAAGGAGACGGCAUAACUUAGAAAACCGAUCCACAACGACCAGGAUCGUGGUGUUACCUUGUGAUGGAGGAAGAUCUGUCACGAAGUCCACCGAUAGGUGUGACCAUGGCCGUUGUGGAACGGGUAGGUGUCUAGGUGCCUUGCACUAGGCGCACACCGAGCAGGAGGAAACAUAAACCCUCACGUCCUUCGCUAAAGUGGGCCACCAGUACUUCCCACUAAGACAGCGCACUGUCCGACCGAUGCCAGGAUGACCAGAGGAGGGUGAUGGGUGGGCCCAACAGAUCAAUCGAUCGCGGACAUCAAACGGAACAUACAGACGCACAACCGGACACUGGGUGGGAGUGGGGUCCGUACAUAACGCCCGCUUGAUGUCCGCGUCAACCUCCCAUACCACCGGUGCCACCAGGCAAGAAGCCGGAAGUAUGGGAGUGGGACACGUGGACCGCUCCUCUGUGUCAUACAUCCGGGACAGAGCGUCUGCCUUAGCGUUCUGGGUACCUGGUCUGUAGGAUAGGGUGAAAACAAAAUGGGUGAAAAACAUGGCCCACCUUGCCUGGCGAGGGUUCAGUCUCCUCGCCGCCCGGAUGUACUCCAGAUUGUGGUGGUCAGUCCAAAUGAGGAAAGGGUGUUUAGCCCCCUCAAGCCAAUGUCUCCACGCCUUCAGAGCCUUGACAACAGCUAACAGCUCCCGGUCCCCCACAUAGUUUCGCUCGGCCGGGCUGAGCUUCUUCGAAAAGAAAGCACAGGGGCGGAGCUUUGGUGGCGUACCCGAGUACUGAGACAGCACAGCUCCUAUCCCAACCUCGGAUGCGUCCACCUCUAUGAAUGCCAAGGAGGGAUCAGGAUGAGCCAGCACGGGAGCCGAGGUAAACAGAGCCUUCAGGUGACCAAAAGCCCUGUCCGCACCAGCUGACCACUGCAGUCGCACCGGUCCCCACUUCAGCAAGGAGGUAAUGGGAGCCGCUACCUGACCAAAGCCCCAGAUAAACCUCCGGUAGUAGUUGGCAAACCCUAAGAACCGCUGCACCUCCUUUACCAUGGUUGGAGUCGGCCAAUUACGCACGGCUGAAAUGCGGUCAUUUUCCAUCUCCACCCCUGACGCGGACAGGCGGUACCCUAGGAAGGAGACGGACUGUUGGAAGAACAGACAUUUCUCAACCUUGACGUACAGGUCAUGCUCCAACAGUCGACCAAGCACCUUGCGUACCAGGGACACAUGCUUGGCGCGUGUAGCGGAGUACAUUAGAAUGUCAUCCAUAUACACCACUACACCCUGUCCGUGCAGGUCCCUGAAAAUAUUGUUUACAAAGGAUUGGAAGACUGAUGGAGCAUUCAUCAACCCGUACGGCAUGACGAGGUACUCAUGGUGCCCAGAUGUGGUACUAAAUGCCGUCUUCCACUCAUCCCCCUCCCGGAUACGCACCAGGUGCUCCUGAGAUCCAAUUUGGUGAAGAAGCGCGCCCCGUGCAAUGACUCGGUCACACUGGCUAUGAGAGGCAACGGGUAACUGUACUUCACCGUGAUCUGAUUUAUACCCCGAUAGUCAAUGCACGGGCGUAAACCUCAAUCCUUCUUCUUCACAAAAAAGAAACUCGAGGAAGCAGGUGAAGUGGAAGGCCGAAUGUAUCCCUGUCCCAGAGAUUCGGAGACAUAUGUUUGCAUAGCCGCCGUCUCCUCCUGUGACAGAGGAUACACGUGACUCCUGGGAAGUGCUGCGUCUACCUGGAGAUCUAUCGCACAAUCCCCCCGUCGAUGGGGUGGUAAUUGAGUCGCCUUCUUUUUACAGAAGGCGAGAGCCAAAUCGGCAUAUUCGGGGGAGAUGUGCAUGGGGGAGACCUGGUUUGGACUUUCCACCGAAGUUGCACCUAUGAAAACACCUACACACCUCCCUGAGCACUGACGUGACCAUCCCUUCAGAGCCCUCUGUUGCCACGAAAUAGUGGGGUCAUGAUAGGCCAACCAGGGAAGCCCCAACACCACAGGAAACGCAGGAGAAUCGAUCAGGAAGAGACUAAUACUCUCCUCAUGACCCUCCUGCGUUAUCAUACAUAGUGGAGCUGUGACCUCCCUAAUCAGGCCCGACCCUAAAGGACGACUAUCUAAGGCAUGUAUAGGAAAGGGCACAUUAGGGAUCCCUAAUCUAAGUGCAAAUGCACGUACAAUAAAGUUCCCAGCUGCGCCUGAAUCUACUAGCGCCUUAUGCUGGGAAUGCAGGGAAAACUCAGGAAACUCUAUACAGACACACAUGUGCGCAACAGGGAGCUCUGGGUGAGUCAGGUGCCUACUCACCUGGGAUGAUCCACCAGUGCCCUGCCUGCUGCCUCGACUCCCUGGGGAACCUGCCCAGCACCGACCAGCAGUGUGCCCUCUGCGGCCACACUUGGUGCAGGAAACGGCCCCCCUCCUGUCACCCUUAGAGCAGAGACCGCCCGGAAACGGCGGGUGAAAUCCUCGUAGCGAACCAACGUAGCGUCUAUCCCUCCCCAUUCGGCGUUGGCCCACUCCAGCGCUUUCCCCGACAAACAGGAGAUGAGGGCGGACACUCUCUCGUAACCCGAGGGGGCCGGGUGGACGGUCGCCAGGUAGAGCUCCACCUGGAGCAGGAACCCCUGGCACCCGGCAGCUGUCCCAUCAUAGGCCUUUGGGAGCGAGAGCCGAAUCCCACUGGGUCCAGGUGGCGGAGGGGUGGACAGCGGUGUGGAUUGAGGUGAAGUUGAUGGGGUUGUGGGACAAGCUAGAAAGCCGGUGACGACGACCGCCGAUAGCCGCCCGCACAAGGAGAGGCACCAACUUCGGCGGAAGUCGUGACACACAGGAAAAAUGUAGUUAUUAUUUACUAUUCUAUUCUACUGUAAAGCGGGUUAUACCUGCAGACUUUAGGGAAAGUGUUACCGAAAAGGGUAUUCCAUACAAUCCAGGGUAAUAUGCUCUGGCUGAUUUAAACUCUAUUUUACCUCCUUUUGAGUGCUAAUUAAUGAUGGUCUCCCAGAGGGGGGAAUUUUCCCCACAUUCAUUAUUUAGCAUUGUUGUCAUUAGAGGCUAAAAUAUAUACUCAUCGCCUAUAAACUGGCUUCAGAGACCCCAUUUAUAUAACCCUCAGCAUUCUGCCUCAGUAGAAAGCAACAGUGUUGAUCCUAUAGAGAUUAUAUUAUAUUAUUAUAAGCCUUAUAAACAAGAAGCUCCCUAACAGGAAAAAUAAAGUUCCUCUAUUCUAUUCUGUUCUAUUAUAUUAUAUUCAGUGUGCAUGAUGACUAUGCUGUCUCUAAGAAUAAAUAAUAUAUGGUUAUUCAUCUGAAGAAAGACCAGUGAAUCACAGUUCAGAUACAAGAAUAUGGCAGGUACUGAAGAACAAUCUUAGCUAGUAUAGAUCAAGAGAAAUGUUAUUGUGAGACUUGUAUGAAUAGAGCUGAGACUGGUUGUACUUUCACUAUGUCAUUCUUACUGGGAGAUCAAUGCCACCGAUCAUAGAUAUGGGCCCUGUUUGAAUACUUCCGAAAUGCAUCCUUCCUUCCCUUCCUUGAAGUAAUCACAGAUCUGAAUUGGUUGGAUUGAUGUAAGUAAUAGGGUGGUGAUAUUGGACACCUAUGCUAUCAUUUAUAGAUCUGUGCGUAUGUAAAGGACGUCACAAUGCUUGCUUAGCGAGUACCACUUCCUCCCGAUUCGGCCCAUACGUCAACUGCAGCGGUGUAAUUGAUCUGCACAUGUGCCAGCAGCGCAAGCCUCACUCUAUGCUUAUGCGAGUGAGGCUUGGAGUCAGUUCAGAAACAAGGAAAGUAUGCAUCUUAGAAAUAGUUUUCACAUACAAACUUUAUAUGUUCGAACUCAGAAUCAAAUAGGCUUCCCCAAAAUAACAUGGACGCUGUGGUAAAACGUCUAUUAUAUUAAUCGGACUAUUCACAAUCAUUGGAUUAUUGUGUGCAUACUCUGUGUUGGCCGUGUUCCUAUUGGUCAGUCACCGGGAUCAGAACACCAGCCCACACUACACGAUAAAGUUGGGCACUGCUAGAACUUUGUCGGAGCCUACGACCGCACGUAGCGGUACUUAAUCAGACCUAGACCCUGUCACACUGAAUGAGCCAAGACGUACGACGAUCGUUUAUGACCUAAGACCUAGGGUCCCCUGUAGCUCAGUUGGUAGAGCACGGCGCUUGCAACGCCAGGGUUGUGGGUUCGUUUCCCAUGGGCGGCCAGUAUGAAAAAUGUAUGCACUCACUAAACUGUAAGUCGCUCUGGAUAAGAGCGUCUGCUAAAUGACUAAAAUGUAAAAUGUAAGAAUUUGCCCACGAUGUGGAAAUUUGGUCUGGGACGGCAAAAUCAGGGCAUAGGUUUGGCUAAAAUCAUACAGUCUGCAAAGGCCUUUAGCGAGUACCACCUCGACCCAUACCUGGCACGAACUCGGGACCUCUGCCUUGCUAGUAUACGUGACUGACCUCCUGAAGUGUCUUACCAGUCAGUGCCGUGUAAAUAUCUAGCUAUUCAUUGGCGCAAGUGGAGACACUUCAGGCUGAGGAGUAAGUUUCACAUCCCCAUGUGCUACACUUACAUCAAGGAAACAUUUGAACAGGGUAAUUUCCUAUCACAAUAAUUGGGAUUGAUUAUUUCCAGGGAAAGGUCAUUUGGGUGAACCGAAUAGAAGGACCAUUUCCUGAUCCUGAAUGAAUCAACAGAAGUGAAGUGUUGUGUUCUAAUUGCUGUUGAUCUUUAUUACCGUUCAAAUGAAUCUCCCAUUUAGUCCAGUUCGACUGGCGCCCUAACAACAGUGUGCUCUUCUUUCAGCUGGGCUUUGGCUCCUUUCUCGGAAUCAUCGGAGCCCAUUUGAUAGACAAUAAGAGGCAGAUGGUAAGAGUAUUUAUAUUAUACCUGCACUUCCAUAUUCAUUUCUAUGCCAUACCUCUAUAGCUCUCUGCAGACAAACACCGCCAAUAACCCAAUUCAAUUCUUCAAGCUACAGUCACUUGACAUUGAUAGACUACACCCAAAUUGCGGUCUUCACGUGGCAUGAGCACAGAAACAAAGCUACCUUCUCUAGCAGAAUGUGACAGUUAGCUCACAGGGGUUUUAGCAUGGCUAUCAGAACAUGUAUCCUAGCGCUUCUUGCGAGAUGCCGCCAGAAAUAAACGUGUGUAAGAGGAGGACAGAUGUCCACGCAGGAAUGUAUGGAAGGAACUGCAGAUGAGAGCCGUGGGAUGGUGCCAGGGGCGUAGCUACUUCCCCUAGCUACUCCCCCUAGCUACUCCCCCUAGCUCCCGAAAUGAGGAAUGAGUGUGUAGCGUGUCAGCCUUUACGCACAGAAACUGGACGAGGAGGAAAUAGCUGACAGUAAACAACAAACAUCCAACGCACCCUAGUGCAUUCAUCCUACAUCAUACAGUGGAGCUGUUGCAAAAGAACAACAUACAAAUGGAUAUAUUGUGCACCAUCCACAUCCACACAUGUACGCAUGAUUUUAGAAAAGUCAACGUUUUGAAAUAUUUUUGUUGUUGUUGAUGUUGCCACAUAUACACCAAUAUAUUUAGUAAGCAUAGAUGGAAUAUAUUGCCAUGGAAGGAUUCUUGGCUCAGACACAAGUCCCUGCAUUUGCUGGUAGCUGUUGAAUGUGUUGUGUCACUGGCUACUGCUUCCCUCCUAUCCUAUUUUCCCAGGGAGGGCUGCAGGGUGUUGUGGGUGACAGGUAGCCUAGCGGUUAAGAGCGUUGGGCCAGUAACCAAAAGGUCGCUGGUUCAAAUCCCCGAGCCAACUAGGGUCAAAAUCUGUCGAUGUGCCCUUGAGCAAGGCAGUUAACCCUAACUGCUCCUGUAAGUCGUCUGCUAAAUGACUAAAAUGUAGAAAUUGGUGUGUAAUUGAAUACGUGCUGUCUUUCUUUGAGGAGUGGAAGGGACUGAAAAGAGCUGGGCACCUUGCCAGAUGUGGUGCAGGCACCAAGGUGACAGCCAGAGCACUCUAUCACUGUUGCCCUCUACCUCCCCUCGCUGGGAACAUUCAUACUCACGCAGGCUGCAUUCUCAGUGACUUGGCUUACAUCAUGUGUACUCAUAUACACACUCACCUCAUGUAGGCAUGCACACACUAUCAUAGGUCACCUGCAACAGCUGCAAUGCCACAUUAAAUUAGAAGCAGCAGGUAUUGAAAUUAAUCCUAUUCCAACUUCAAUACAUAAUGAAGUAGGUAAUACAUCAUGUGCAGAACAACAAAUACAAUCAUUUAUUAUUCAUUGCAUGAGAAGAUUUCCCCUGAUGUGACUUUGCUAUGGAAGGUAAUAAGACAAAGGUCUGAGUGGAUAACACUUUGUUUCUCUUGUCACUCUUUGUGUCUCUUCCAGCUGGUGGCGUCCAUUGUGUUCAUCAGUUUCGGAGUGGUGGCUGCCUUCUGCUGUGCCAUUGUGGAUGGGGUGUUUGCAGCAAGACACAUUGUGAGUACCAGUACCAAACACAGCUAAUAAGUCAAGUUCUAAUAAGUACCAAACACAGCUAAUAAGUCAAGUUCUAAACAGUAAACGUACAGAAGACAGAUGCACAGAUACCAUGCAGUCAUAUGGAAUGUAAAUGUUUUGGUGUUAUUACAUAGUAACCACACUAGUAACUGAUUUAAUAUAUAAUCUGACCAUCAUUGUUUUUGUACCUUUUUCGAUAUUUUCCAUGAUCAAUUAUUAUUUACAUACUGGUUACUUACGUAUAGAUUAUACGCAUCUUGUUCAUUUGCAUCUUGUGUUGUUGCGGUGUAUUCUGCUGGUGUGGUUGAUGCUGUUGUUUCGUCUCCAGUUAUGUCUAAAACCUAAACAGUAGGAUAAAAUGUGGAUAUGAUGACUUUGUGUUACGCCCCAGGACCUUAGACCUUACUACGCCGGUCGCUGUGAUUUCUACGCCAAUUCAAAAUCCUCUGUUGAUUAUGAAGAUGUGAGUGCACACUUAUUUCCUGUUGACCUCAUAUCACCACUUUGUUGAAAGGUUGCCUUAAAGUUGUUUAAACAUUGCCUUAGAGUUGAAAAUCCAUCAGUUUCACAAUAUAGAGAGCAUGACUCGUAUGCGUUACCGUGUCAUAACAGUGACUACCUGUGUGAAAUCUAGGUUCACUGCCAGACAGCGUCCCGGGCUACCUGUAACUUACGUGUGAAAUCCAAUACCUGCUACUGCUGUGACCUCUACAACUGUGGCAAGUGAGUUUGCUAAGCCUCCUUCACAAAUUCCUAUCAUCAGAGGACUCUUUUGAUAUUAUUUUGCUGCCUGAGGGGCAGCUAAACUCAGCAAAAUUUUAUAGUUUGCUUAGUUUGAUUAUUUACUUGUUUGCCUCAAAUGUAUACCCUUGUGUUGUUUUAAUGUCUUUUUAGUUGCUUUAUGGUCAGCACCGUUGGAAAAAGAAAAUGUGUUAACUUUUUUAAAACUUAUGUUUCAGAGAACAUCCUCUUUUGGGACAUGCGAGUAAAGAUGUUUUGAAAAAGUUUAGAAAAACGUCCAUGAUUUGGAAGUAGGUCCCUUUCUUUAAGCCCCUUGUGAAACAUUGGCAACCCAUUAUUUGUUGUUGUGGUUGAUUUUAAGAGUAGCUAUGUAUAUGUCUUCCUGCUUGGAAUACACCAUGGGAAUGAUUGGAUGCCCUGCCCUCACUCCUACAUGAAGACCAGUCCUCAUAACCGUUUCCCAACUCUCUCUCUUUAGUAGCUGUAGCUACAGUAGUUCCCCCUUUCCAACUUGAUUUGAAACUGUCAUAUGUUUUACAGCCAAAGGUGCACUUAUGUUCAUUUCUAUUCUGUUGAUUUGGGAUUUUCCUGUCAAAAGUACACAAUGAAUGUCGUACGCAUUACACAUUUCUCUUUAGCCUUGCGUCUCAAUAAGGUGGUUCUUACUUACUUCUGUAUGUCUUUACUCUUUCUCCUUCCUGAUCUCGUCCACCCACCUCUCCCACACACUGGCCCAGCCGUGUGGAGCUGAUGGGGGGCUACCACGAGUACACGGAGGUGGGGAGUUGCGAGGACGUGGUGCACCUCUACCACCUGUUGUGGUCCGUCACCAUUCUCAACAUCAUCGCUCUCUUCCUGGGCAUCAUCACCGCCGCCGUGCUGGGAGGCUUCAAGGACAUGGUGAGACAAGCAGCAGGCCACAUCUGGGUUAUAUUCAUUAGGGCACAUCCUAGCAUAACGUUUUAAAGCGUUUUUCAACAGAAAAAAGGAAAGCAAGCGCUUCUUUUUGGAAAAGUCCAGGUAUUCCCUCCCGGAUGCAAAUUCUCAGUAUAUCUGGCCCUUUGAGUGUUGCCCUUUGUCACGCGCACACAUCAUGGACCACAGGUAUCAGUAUUGCUCAUUAUAUCUUUGUGUUUUGGACAGACGCCCAUGCUGAACCCUGACUCGUGUGAAUCAGAGCCCCUUCCAGCAGCCCCUGUCCCCUCAGAGUUUCCAGCUCCCAGCACCUCCUCCUUCAACUCCUACUACAACACUGCCACCUACCUGCCACCCUACACUGCCUACGACCUGCAGGUAAUAUACUACUAAUACCCAUCAUACAUUAUCCCCCACAAAGCCACAACUAACAGGAAUAAUGCGUUAGGACUGAAGACAAACUUGAACUAUGUGUGGGUAAGUCAAACUUUUGAGGAGAUCACGCAUUUAUGUCAAUGAUAAAUAUGCACGAAAAUUCAAGUUACACUGGUGGAUUUCAAGUUAAGAUUCUGUCCUUACUGCUUGACCAUAGGAUGAGUACUGUACAAACUCAAGUCACCUGUCUUGUUUUAACCCCAGCUUAUCUUCCCCCUCCUGUCUCUUCAGGGCUCCAGCAUGAUGUUUCCUGACUCUUCUGGCAUGUCUGAUGACUCCCAUUCAGGGGCUAGCCACAUGUGGCCCACCCUGGUCCCCCCACGCUACUCUCCCCCUUACUUCCCCCCCGACGAGAAGCCCCCACCAUACAGCCCCUAGGAGAGUGGCUGGGCCUGGGAAAGAACAGGGGAGGGCAUCCAGCAUCAUCUCCUCUUUUGCCAGCUUCAUUAGCAACAAUGGGCAUGGAUGGUUGUUAGUGGGCCUUGAAUUUGAACCUGUUUGAAAGAGAGCUGCUGCUACAUCUGGCGCUCCAAACCGUUCUUGAGCAGCCAAGCCUGCCUGAGCUGUGUUGUGUAUACAGAGACAAGGAGUUAGUGGAAGAAAAAAAGAGCAUGCGUCACUGAUGUGACUAGAAGCCAGUGCCAUUUGUCAUAGGAGGGCUGCGAGGCGUCAUUCACCCCCCAAUAAGUAUAGCCUGUUAGGAUUCAGUUAAGCUCAACCUGGAUGGAGCGGGGGAUAUAGCAAGAUGCUGCUUGCCCUACACACUUUGCUCAGCAGACUCUGUCAGUGCCAGUUCGCUCCCUACAUCUUUCCCUUGGCCCUAACUCUUCCAUGUUUGCAUUUCUGAGGGGUCUGGAUAGGUAUAAGCAGUGUAGUGGGGGAUGUAAACAUCCUAUCAUUUACACCUUACAGUUCUGCAAACAUCGAAGGGUAA